CGCCACCCAACCAUACACGAAGGAGGAGGAGGAGAAGAUGACCGCCAUCCUGUAGGAGAGGAAGGAGAAGAAGGAGGUAAAGAAGAAAGCCUUGAAAGAGGAAUAGGCGACCAAACUAAAGAAGAUGGAAGAAGAGAUGGCCAGGGAGAAAGAGAGGUUGAAAAAGGAAGAAGAAGAGAAGCUGAAGGAGGUGGAUGAAGAAGGACCGCCACUGCAAAAGAGUGGGCAGCACAGCGGCAGCAGCAGUGAUGAGAUGGAGAAGAAGAUUUCGGAGUGGGUCGCCAACUUAUCCCUAGGUGAGGAGGAAGAGGUUGCUAUGUACAUCCCCAAGGAUGAGCGAGAAACCACCAUGAAGAAAUGGGAAGCAGAAGAAGAUGUUCUGACGCGGCGGGCGAUGGAGGAUGAACACAGGAUGGCAUGGAAGCUCGCAGUGAUGAGGGAGAAGAAGAGAAGAGUGGAGGCGGCGAAUGCGGCAAUGCAAGAACUAGCGGAGAGCGUUGACCGGUUAGCUAAAGUGCAAGAAAAGCACUAUGAGUUUAGUCGUAGCCAGGAGAUAUCCGUGUGUUCGAUGCGAACGGGAUUACGGGAUUUUGCUUGCGAACUAGUAGGCGCUGUGGGAUCCGAGGUGAGUCAUCGCCUCGAGAAGACUGAGCGUUUUUGUGUCGGCGCCAUCGAAGGCGUCAAGGUGGCCGCUCCCAWGGAGGAGGAGGCCUGUCCUCGCAGGGAGCCAGUCAAAGUCAAAUUCCCUGAUUCCUACAGUGGGAAAAGGGAUGAGAACUUUGACAACUGGGAAGCUAACGUUAAGACCUAUGUGCACUUGCAACAGGUCUCCCCGGAUCAGCAGGUUCUGAUUGCGAUCCACGCGCUGAGAGAUGAGGCCGCCAGUUUUGCAAGGUCCGUAGUUCGCGCUACCAGCUGUAGUGAUGAUCCCGUUGCGUACUCCUCAUUUACGUCCCUCACUGAAUUCUUGAAGUUGCUGCGCGAGCGAUUUGCUGAUGUCGCUCGCAGUGUCAAGGCCUCAGACAAGCUCCAAACCAUCCAUUCUCGUAAAUGGAAGAGUGUCAGGGCACUCAAGGGUACAAUGGAUGAGUUGGUGGCCGUCCCUGACCACGGGGUCACAGAGGGCCAAUUGGUCAACCUCUUUUACCGGGCUAUGCCCGAAGCCUUUCGAGGGCAGUUCUUCGCGAAGAGCGAAGAUCCUGCCACCACUUACGAUUCCCUUAGCCGUGAAGUGGUGGCUUUUGAAGCGAAGUCCGUGUCCCUGUCUACCUUCUGGCACAAGGACUUGGACAGGGGAAAGCAAUGGAAAGGYCGCMCUAUCUCAGGGCAGGUAAAGACUAAGGACAACCUUGUCCUGACUUUAGAUGAAGGUAGUGUGGAUGAGAUCCCCUACGAUCAGAUUGAGUGGGGGCAAGAGGGGGAGGACAACGGUGUGGGCCAGGGGAGAUCCUACGCUGCUGUCGCGGCUGGAGGGAGGCCGCAAGGAGGAAGAGGCCAGGGCCAAGGGGGCCGGGCCUCAGGGAACCGAUUCCAGGGCGAUCAGGGGGUUGGCGUCAGAGGAGGAAACCGCCAAGCAAGAGGCAGGGGUGAAGGCGUGGUGGAAGAGUUGAAGGAGAGGAGGCCCGCCUGGGCCAAGAUGAAGAAGGAGAAUAAAGGGCAUCUGAUUUUAUUAGAUGCAGAGAUUUUUAGAAGUAGAGUAGGGGCCCUAGUAGACUCAGGGGCCACCCGCAACUAUAUUAGUAAGCAAGCGCUGCAAAAGUUGAGGCUGGGACUUAAGGUCCAGAAACUGACAGACCCCAUAGUUAGUAUCCUCGCAGACAAUCAUACCAUGGUUGUAGAGGAUUACGUAGAGGGAGUUCAGGCGUAUUUCCGCCUAGAGAAAGAUGGGAAGGUGGAGAAGGUCCUCCACUCCCUGACUCUCCUCGUAGAGGGCAGCCUCCCGUUUGAUAUAGUACUGGGAAUGGAUUGGGGAGAGGCAGCCGGGGCAACGCUCCAUCUGAAGGAGCACGAGUGUAGACUCCCUAGUUCUGCAGGCGAGGCUAAGACUGCCCGCCUGUUUCAUGUGUCAGGAGUAGAGAAUUCCUUGGCACAUUGCUGCCUUAGUGCCACUGCGUUCGCCAGAUUGGUGGAGAAGGAGAAAUUAGAGGAACAGGUCUUUGUUGCCUAUGUUAGGCCCGUCACUGAGCCUACGGAAGAGAAGCCGCUGGACCUUGCGAUUGCCAAGCUGCUGGAGGAGUUUGAGGAUUUGACUGAGCCGCCGACAGGCACGGUGCCGCGGCCCAUCCAACACCAUAUCGAGAUAGAGCCUGACAGUAGAACUCCUAAGGGUGCUGUGUAUAGGAUGUCCCCGCGGGAGUUAGAGGAGCUUCGCAAGCAAUUAGACGAGCUCCUCGAGAAGGGUUGGAUUAGGCCCAGUUCGUCUCCUUUCGGAGCGCCUGUUCUCUUUGUUUCUAAGAAAGAGGGAGAGUUGUGAAUGUGCAUAGACUAUAGGGGUCUGAAUGCUAUUACAGUAAAGAAUGCUGAGCCAU